AGUUUGCCACCCCUACGGAAAAGCGCCGGUUCGUCGCACUCGUUUAGUUGGAUGCACAACGGCUAGCAGUCACGCGAGUAACUACACCCUAGAUCAAGCAUAGACCUAGCCUCCUAGAGCCCUAUGAACUAACGAAAAGUGGGGAUAGACUUUCCGUUCAACCUUCUUUCAGAAUUCGUGCGGGUGUUUUGUCGAAGCACUGCGUGUUGUUGCGUGCGUGAAAAAAAAACGCGUGUGUUGUGCGUUUCCUCCCCCUCUUCCUCAGGCUUUUCCAGUGUUCUCUCUCACUCAGCUGCACUUUAAAAACAACUUCCGUCUCCCUCUCCGCUGCCAUCCCCAAAAUCCUCGCAACAAGCCAGCCCUCUUCUUCCAGCAGUCUUCUAAAUGUGGCAUUUAAGCAUUCGUCGUUAUUCGCGCUCCUCUCACUCUUGUCUUAUGUACUAAAAUCGCCUCAGUUCAAUUUAGUGCACUGCACUGGAAUGACCGUCGAAUUGCCAAGCUAGUGUUUUUUAAACAAAGUGCGCGUGUAUUUGAAAUCAGUUAUCCCCGUUCUAAAUUAAUUAUAUUUCAAAUUAAGCUGUUAUUUACGACAUAUCGAAAUUUAUUCGCGCGCACUUGUUUGCUUGUUUUUAAUCGCGAGUGACGUCACUCUUAUUUGGACCUUGAAAUUUUUUGGCUCGUGGAAUUACGCAUCGGGGACUUGCGGUUGGCAUUGACUUAUCACCGAUUCGACGUCAUAUCAUUAAAUACAUUGCUUAAUGAUGGGUACGGCAUCAGAUCAACAUUACUGCUUACGAUGGAACAAUCAUCAAGUCAACAUGUUGAACGUCUUCGACGAAUUACUACAAAACGAGGCGUUCACCGAUGUCGCUAUCGGAGUUGAUGAUGGCGUUUUUGUCAAGUGCCAUAGAAUGAUUCUAGCUGCUUGUUCGCCAUAUUUUCAAAAAUUAUUCAUCGAAAUACCUUGCAAAAAUCCUAUCAUUAUCCUUAAGGAUGUUAAAUAUCAUCAAAUAAAAGCAAUACUUGAAUAUAUGUAUAGAGGUGAAGUGAGCAUUGCUCAAGAUCAAUUAGCAACAUUAUUAGAUGUUGCUGAAUGUUUAAAAAUAAAGGGUCUGGUUGAAGACAAUGGUUCAUCACCUUCUAAUACAUCAAAUACUCAUUCACCCCGGGCGUCUCGACGUCGGGAACGAAGAGAAACUGAAGAAUCAUUGUCUCCACCACCAAGCAUUACCACCAGUAAUAAAAAUAAUAUCGCACACAACUCCGAAAGUGGCAACGGUCAACCCUCUCCACCACACUCAACCAGUUCCACCUUCUACGGAUAUGGAAAAUCAUCAUCAACCCGUGCACACAGCGAAUCUCGUUUCACAACAACACCUCUGUGGAGUCAUCCGUAUGUUGGACAGAAUCUGGCGGCAUCUGUAGCACAUCAAGCAGCAUCACUCUCGGCUCAUCAUGCAUCGCUUCUAGCAGCUGCUCACUUCGACAACGACCUACAUAACCGUAAGCCUUUUACCCCAAAUUUCCCGCUGCCUCAAGACACUCCUAUACUACGAACUGUUCUUGGACAAGGUCACGCUGAUAGCUCCCAAGGGAUUCCACUGCUCCAUCCGGACACUCAGGGAUACCGUAGCCCAAGCAAUGGUUCUGCCCAUGACAACGCAGAUGCGCGCCGCAACAGCAUGGAUGUCUCCCGAGUUCACAGCCCCUAUGACUCCUACACCACCGAGGACAACGAUAAGAAGCACUCUCCUAAAUCAUUUGACGACAACAAACCACGUCAGAAGCCUGAAUGGAAACGAUACAAACAGUACACGAAAGAUGACAUAAAAGCAGCUAUUGAUGCCGUUAAAUCAGGAAUGAGCGCACUUCAAGCAUCUCGUAAAUAUCGAGUACCAUCACGUACACUUUAUGAUAAGGUAAAAAAACUUGGUAUCACCCAUUCACGUGGCGGUGGCGUAAGGCGUAGUACAAAUCAUAGUGGAGCAAGUUUUCCAUAUGGCAUUGGUGGUAAUGUUAAUGGCAGUAUUUACGCACCUAUAACUGAUAACGAUAAUGAAAACCGAAGUGGAUUAACUGAAAGUCCAGCGUCCAUUAUUGAAGCUGUUUUUGCUAAGAGUCGGGAAAACCUUAUUGAUCAUGAUACUUCAAUGGAUGCAUCAAAAAGAACACCAAGUCCAAGUCAACCUCAUCCGAAUUAUGAUACGCAACAACAAAAAGAAGAACAACCACAACAACAAUCACAAAUUCCUGCGUCUGAAGAUAAUGAUAAUCAGGUAGAAGAUUUAUCUGUUAAUCGUAAGUCAGAUGUACGAGUUAUUGUUCCGCCCAUUAUUAAAGAAGAAAAAAUUGACAAUCCUGAAAAUCAAAAUUCCAAAUGAUUGUAAAUGAAACAUAUAACAUUUUUAUUUAUAAUAUCAUCUGACGCGCGUUUAAUUUAAAGAGAAUAUCAGUUUUUAGUUUAUUAUUGAGAUAAAUAAUAUAUCACCGAUCGAUGGCCAAUUCCGUGAUAAGACUGACCGCGCGAAUAUUUAUAACUUAAAGAGACUGAGAAAAAAAAAAGCCUAUGGUACCGUGUAUCCUGUACAUUUUUAAGCUCGUAUAUUAAAUACAUUAUUCUCAGGUCUAAUUACUUCCGUAGCAUAACUACGGUAAUGGAGCUUUAAAAAUGUUCGGGUUAAUUCGAGCAUACAAAUAAUAAUAUACAUAUAUUUAUAAAUUAAAUAUUAUAAAUAUAUAUAUGUAUACUUUAGAUUAAACAAUUGUGAUUAAUUACAAUCGGUCGUACUUUUCAAGGAUGGUACACGAGUUUUAAAAAAAAAGAAGUUUAAAAAUAAGAUUAUUAAAAAGAGCUAAUUUUUUGAUUAAAAAAAUGGUUAAUUAAAAAUUGAAUGUUUUACUGUUGAAAGAAAACAA